AUGACCGUCCUCGACGAGCGCCGCAAGACGGUGGGGCAGCUCUUCGCUGUCGGCUUCCACGGCACCGAGCUCGACGACAACAUCCGAUCCCUCGUCUGCGACUACCACGUCGGCGCCGUCGUCCUCUUCAAGCGCAAUGUGCGAGACGCCGCCCAACUGCGCGCCCUGUGCCUGUCGCUGCAGCAGCUAGCCAAGGAAGCCGGCCAUGGCCAGCCUCUCUUCGUCGGCAUCGACCAGGAGAAUGGCCUCGUCACUCGCAUAUCGCCCCCCGUCGCAUCACAGAUGCCAGGCCCCAUGGCCCUUGCUGCCGCGGGCUCCCUGGCCUCGGUGCGCGCCGUCGCCGAGGCCACGGGCUCCAUGCUCCGCCACUUUGGCAUCAACAUCAACUACGCCCCCGUCGGCGACGUCAACUCGGAGCCCCUCAACCCAGUCAUUGGCGUCCGCAGUCCCGGCGACGACCCUGUCCGGGUCUCGCAGUCUGCAGCGGCCUGUGCUGCGGGUCUGCGUGCUAGCGGCGUGGUGCCGUGCAUCAAGCAUUUCCCCGGCCACGGCGACACGCGCGUCGACUCCCACUAUGGCCUGCCCGUUAUACGUAAAUCCCGCCAAGCUUUGGAGGCUACAGAGCUUGUUCCCUUUCGGCAUGCUGUCGCCCACGCCAUCGAGAUGGUUAUGACGGCCCACAUCUCUCUGCCGGAGCUAGAAGGCGGCUCUGACCUGCCGGCCACGCUAUCUCCCGAGGCCAUGGAAAUCCUGCGCGACGACCUCGAGUUCCAAGGAGUCGUCAUGACGGACUGCAUGGAGAUGGACGGUGUUCGCGCCACGUACGGGACGGUCGAGGGCUCUCUGAUGGCUCUCCAAGCUGGAGUUGACAAUGUCAUGAUCUGCCACACCUUUCAGGUGCAAACGGCCGCCAUUGAUCGUGUAUGCCAGGCAUUAGAGCAUGGGGAGAUAUCCCCACAGCGGAUAGAAGCCUCGCUCCGCCGCCUCAGCGAGCUCAAGUCUCGCUUCAUCAGCUGGGACGAUGCCCUCCAGCCCCAGGCACCCGAGGGUCUGUCGGCCAUGAACAAGGGCAGCGAGGAGCUUGCCAAACAGGUCUACCGCGAUGCCACGACUCUGGUCCGGUCGCAAGCGGGGCUACUCCCUCUCUCGCGCACAGCCAAGACGGUAUUCAUCUCGCCAGGACCCAACGUUCCCCUAGGCGGUGCCGUUCAUAGCGGAGACGUUGCGCCGCCGACCCGUGUGCCGUGGGUAUCGGGCUCAUUUGGAGACGUCCUGCGUGCGCACAACCCGACGGUCGUUGACAUCCGCUUUGUCGACUCGACGCUCUCGGAAGACGAGUGGCGCCAGGUGGACAAAGCCGAGGUGGUGAUCUUGGCAACGCGCAAUGCUCGCGAGUCACAGUACCAGGCUCAACUCGGCAUGGAGGUAGCAAGACGACGGGGAGAGGCACCGCUCGCGACAGUUGCGACCUGCAACCCUUACGACUUCCUAGAAUGCCCCGAUAUGAGAACCUACCUGGCCAUCUAUGAGCCGACGGUUGAAGCGUUUAGCGCCGCCGCCCAUGUACUCUACGGCAAGGUGUCUGCCGGGGGCAAGCUUCCAGUUUCAUACAUCCCGCCUAGAAAGUGA